AUUUAAAAAAGACGAAUGUAUAUACUCCACAUAAAAUUCAAUACCGCCGGCAAUUGAGAAACCCAAUCAAGACAAUUAAAAUAGAGUAGGUGGUUGAUUAUUAAAAAAGACGAAUAUAUAUAGUCCACGUAAGUAAGCACGUAGUUAUAUUGAAGAAUCGGAAGAAAAGUCGUAGUAGUAAUUCAUUUGUGGGAAGUGGGAAGCAUGAAGAUGAGAGUGAAAGAAUCAGUAACAGUAAAACCAAUGGAAGAAACUCCGAGGGGGAGUGUGUGGCUCUCCAAUUUAGACUUAAUGUUUCCUGAUACUUACCAUACCCGGUGGAUGUACUUGUACCGCUGCGAUGGCGAUGGCGGCGCCGGCUUCUUCGACACGGCGGCACUCAAGGCAGCUCUAAGCCGAGCCCUUGUUGAGUUCUACCCGUAUGCGGGCAGGCUGAGAAAGGACGACAGCGGCCGCCUUGAGAUCAACUGCAACGGGGAAGGGGUGUUGUUCGUGGAGGCAGAGUGCGACGCUACCCUCGAUGAGUUGGGUGAUUUCUGCACCCUUAGCCCUGACCUCAGCCUCAUCCCCGCUGUCGAUUACUCUCAAGGAAUUUCCACCUUCCCACUUUUCCUGGUGCAGUUAACUCGUUUCGUAUGCGGCGGCGUGAGCUUAGGUUUCACCAACGAGCAUCACACAUCAGACGGGAUCUCCGCACUCCAUUUCGUCAACACGUGGUCGGAAAUCGCUCGCGGCCUGACUACCGUCCCACCUGUUUCCUUGGACCGCCGCAUCCUCUCGGCGCGCAACCCCCCGCAGCCCCAGUUCCCCCACAUCGAGCACCAACCCCCUCCGCGGCUCAAAACCCCCAUCCAGGCUGCCAGCGGAGACGCAACAUUCUCCACGUUCAGGCUAAGCCGCCAUCACAUCAACGCCCUCAAGCAAAAAUGCAAUGAUGGUUUGAAUUAUACUACGUACCAGGUGGUGGCGGGCCACGUGUGGCGCUGCGUCAGCAUUGCCCGCAGCCUGCCACAAGAUCAGGAGACGAAGCUGCAGUUCCCUAUGAAUGCGCGGCAGAAACUACGGCCCCCUCUUCCAGAGGGUUUUUUCGGCAAUGGAGUCUUCUACACGGGCGCAUUUGCUCUGAUUGGGGAGCUGGAAUCGAAGCCGUUGAAGUUCGCGGUGGAGAAAGUGCACGAGGCAAUCGCUCGAAUGGAUGACAAAUACUUAAGGUCUGCCUUGGAUUACUUGGAGUUGCAUAUGCGGAAUGUGGAAGGCAUUGUUCGUAGCCAAAACAAUGUCAAAUGCCCAAAUUUCGGGAUCACGAACUGGCUUAGGCUGCCGUUCUAUGAAGCGGAUUUCGGAUGGGGGAAGCCUGUUUUUAUCGGACCCGGCGGAGCUAUCUUCGAAGGGAAGAGUUUUCUGUUUGCUGAUCCUCAAAAUGAAGGUGGCGCGUUGCUUGCAAUCACCCUGCACCAAGGCACCAUGAAACGAUUUCAAAAGUUGCUAUAUAACAUUGAUUCAUGCCUCGUGUCUAGAAUUUGAGCUUUGUACUCGAAUUACUGGUUGUUUUCAUUAAAUCAUCUACUUACAGGAGUAUAUAUUAUCACUCUAGAUUGGCUGAUCUAAUAUUUUCAA